CUGUUUACAGCUGAGGCCAUCGAAGUUAGUGUAUCAGAGGUUUCAGUCGGACUAUGUCAACUCAGACAAGUUUACUAAUCGAGAAGGAAGUCAUGAACACGUGCGCCGCUGAACAUCUGCACAGAUGUGUAUGACACAUGAAAACAGCGCGUGCUGCCCCGGUACAAAGCAGGCGCUGCUGAGGGGCCCCGACUCACCGCCUCGUGGUUAACCGACGCUCUGCCUGCAUGUCGCGGCUGUGGGACAGCAGCAGCAGCAGCUUACCGGUAUUAGCGCCUGCUGCUCCCUCUGCCCCCCCGGGGUGGGUGUGCAUCGUCGUAGCUGCUACUGUCUCUUUAAAUUUACCCAGGAGCCCCUUAAGGAGCCCCAGGGGCCCCUAGUCCGGCUCCCCACCCUGAAGACAAGCAAGAGCCUAAAAAUUCAUGAGUAGAGGCCUGAGCCGAGGCGCCUCCACCGAGCACCGCGGAGCAGCGGCCCUUUUCGCCGGUGGAUUUAUGAUUGUGUGCUUGCAUGAAAAGUUAACUUGGCUCCCGUGCGGGGCGCGUGGGGGGACCGCGGAGAGCACGGGCUCCUCGGCGGUGGGCUCGUUAUAGAGCGCCUGGCAGAUGCGUGUCGAGCGCUGCGGAGCGGCGAGAACGUGUUGUUGUUGUGAGGGUGACAUGCCCCACGACGGCGACACGACCCACUGAACGAAGCACCGCCAACCACGACUGAAGCGAGAGCAGCGAUCCAGUGAUGGAAGAGAAAGGAGCGGGGCAGGGGGAGCCCGUGAAGCUCCGCUGUGCCUAUCAGCCGGAGCUGCUCUCAUUAAUGACAAGCGGGCAGGAGGAAACCACGCAGGAGGACAGCGAGUUAGUAGAAGACGGUCUUGCCAAUGGCCAUGGAGAGGUGGAAUCAGAGAGCGGUGUGGUCACGCCUGUCCGGUCACCAAGCACCAGCUACUGGAGCAUCACAGAGAGCCCAGAUCACCCCCUCCUCCUCUCCCUGGCCCCGGGGCCCUCUGGAGCCAAACCCAGGGUGCAGAGAGCCUCGCGUCCAGGCCUGAGCCGGAUCCCAGGCCGAGACCACCGCCGGUACUACCACGAGUACUGGCGCAGCGAGUACCUGAUGGACUUUGACCCCCAGAGGCACGGCAUGAUCUGCAUGGUGUGCGGUAGUUCGUUGGCCACUCUGAAGCUCAGCACUAUCAAGAGGCACAUCAGACAGAAGCACCCGGACUCCCUGCUGUGGAGCGCCGCUGACAAAGAGGUGAUCCGCUCGGGGUGGGAGAGCCACCUGAGUUUGGGGGGAGGGCAGAAGUUAUACAGCCCUGCAUCGGGACCCUCACUUCAGGGCGAAGACGACACUAGGCACUCAGGUCAACAGACUGGAGCAGAAGAAGCGGAGCACUCAAACAAAUCAGAGACCAACACCAAAGAUGGCGCUGUGGGGCUCUUCUCUGAGGACGUGGAAACCAUCCAGAUCAACACUGACGUGUACACGGAGGGCGACGGCACUUUCACUCAGGACACCUGUCUUAUUGGUGAGGACGGCGGUGUCGGAGUUCCCCAGCAGGGUCUGCAGCCCUUCCGGCAGCCUAAGAAGAGGAGGCUACACGGGGGCGACCCGUGGCGGCUGCGUCUGGACUAUCUGGUGGCCUACGGGCCUCAAGGCCAGGGCAUGUUCUGUAUGGUGUGUUCUCAGGUCCUGCAUGAAACCAAGGUUAGCAGCUUCCGCCGCCACAUCCAGGAAUGUCACCCGGAGACCACAACCCUGAGCCGACAGGAAAGGGAAGCCAUGGCUGCAGCCUGGACCAAAGAUUACCCCAGUGAAGGCAUGCAGAUCCAAGAUGAAAUCAACCCCAGUGAAGUUGAUGUCCUCAGUACCGCAGGAGAGACAAAUGAAGACGCCUCCCCUGAUGUCAAAAUACCCAGCAAACUGGUGAUAAAGGAGGAAGCUGUGGGCGAAGCCAAGGGCAAAUCAAAGGAUGGCGGCGCUGCAAACACACCUUCUCGUCAUGGUCAUUACCCCGGCAAGGACCAGAGGAGGAACUACCAGGUGCGCUGGCGGACAGAUUACUUGAUGGAUUACGACUGUAGGAGGCACGGGCUGAUCUGCAUGGUGUGUGGAGCCACUCUGGCCACACUGAAGGUCAGCACUAUUAAAAGGCAUAUUCAGCAGGUCCACCCUCACUCGCUGUAUUUCAGCGCAGUGGAAAAGCAGCAGGCCCUGCAGAGCUACAACCAGACUGCCCUGCAUUUCAUCCAUUCUGACGACUGCUUUUCACCCCGGGACCACGGACAUACUGAGCUGGCCCCCACUUCAGCACACUUGGACACUUAAGAAGGGCUUCUGUCUGUUGCUCCUUACAUGACUUCAGAAACAGCCCUCCUUGUUCUCUUGAAGGGAAAUUCAGGUAUUUGUAAUUUGUAAAAGACUGCAAUUUCCCUUUAAGUCGGCAUCUGUGAGUACUGCUGUGGCUAAAGGACAAUAACGGGUGCCACAUGGGAAUCGACAACAAUACAAAUAUCACGCAGCCUAAAACAAAAUCAAAGUGCAGCCACUCAUUUGAAACUAAAGCUUUUUUGCACAUCGCCUGUUUUACCUGAGGACCUCACAAGAUUUGGGGAAAUUAUUGCUUUAGAUGUACAAAAUGUAUGUUUUGCUUAUGUAUUUAUUUCCUAGCUUUGUAUCUGUUGGUACUUUAAAUAUAAAUCAACAUGAACCCAAGUGGGUGGUCCUCUGGAGCAAUCGGAUAAUAUCUCUGAAUCUGCGGACACAAACUGUAGAGUAACGCUAAGAUACUUUUUAAAAGUAAUGUAUAGAAAAAUGAGAUGGGGCUCAUGCUAUCGGUCCAGUCACAUUCACUGCUAAUGUGGCUAACAUUAAACAUAGAUGGAUCUUCUUUUUGUUGGGGGGACAUUCGCUUUUCACAUCCAAGAAUUGAUGCAGUGUUCUCUUUGGCAGCCAACAACAAAACAUUUCUGC